AUGCUUGAUCAACUUAUUAAGGAGACGUCAAAUGCGAUUUUCAGAGUCGGUUGCCCAUGGCAUGCUCUUAUUUUUCGGUUACUUCGAAACAACAAUUCGUUAGUGUGGCGGGUGGAAAAAGGAGUCGCAUAUGCGCCAAUGAUUGGAAAAAGUGAUGAAGAAAUUUUAUUACUUUAUCCACAUUGGCAUGCGGUUGCAAAUGAUACAGAGGGAGUUGCUGAGAUUUCGCUGACAAAAAAUGCUGCUUGGUACAUAACGAAUUCCGGUCAGGUUUUUGCGCAACUGAGACUUCCUGAAAUGGGAAUUUUUGGCCGUUGUGAAACUCCUUGGCGAUUACACAGUAUUACUGCUAGCGAAGUGGCGGUAUGGGCAAUACAAAGUGAUACAGGUCAUUUAGUCGUACGUGCUGGAUUAAAGCAUACUCCGCUCGGUCUUGACUGGGUUGAAAUAGAUUGUGAGGGACCUUCACGCUUAUUAAGCGUUUGUCUUUUUGGUCAAAGCGGAUGGGCCAUUGAUAGCAAUUAUUGUUUGUGGUUCAUCAAUGGAGUUGAUUUUCAAAGUCCCUUUGGAACCACCGGUGUUUGGUUACAGGUCUGUUGUCCGUGGGCUGAUUCACCAGAUCUUUCUCGUUGUCGUCUUAAUGAAAUUAACGUGAAAGUUUCUUCAUUUGGUGUAUUCGUUAAUAUUGGUCGCAAGCUAUAUUGGAGCUCUUCGAGAAGUUGUAUUACAGGACAUUCAUUUAAAAGGAUGGUUCCAGAAAAAUUUGCUCAUGAUGACUCUUUUGAAAUGAUCUCUGCAGGAGGACUUAGUGUCGGCGAUACUGACUUUGUUGCACUGUGCCGUAAAAACGAAUUGUAUUUGUUCCGGCUAAAAACUAGAAAUUUUUGUUCCUUACCUGUCAUACCAUCUUCUUUGAGUGCUUCUGUCUCCCAAAUUUGUUCGAUCAACAGCUCUGUGUUCGUUUUGGACACAUCAGGUUGCAUUUAUUUGAAGAAGUCCAUUGGCAAAGUAACGCCUUUUGGGUUGCCAUGGAAUCUAAUUGAUACAGGCCAAUGUGGAUCACCGGUGAAAUCUUUUGCUGUUACACGUUGCUCAAUAUGGGUGCUAACAUUGGAUCUGCAUGUUUAUAUGCACUCGCGCUCGGAGGAUUUCGAACCGUCUGUAGGAAGCAAAGUAUGUUGGAAACAAGUUGAAUUAAAUAACCAGUCUCCCGACCAGAUACGAGCGUCUAAUUCUGGCUUAUAUGUAUGGAUUUUCUCUUCCCAACUAGGCCGAGCGUGGGCUAGAAGUUGUAUAGAUGGAAAUUUUCCAUGUGGCAAAACUUGGCUUGAGGUAUCACUUAAUUACUUUCUUAGACUUCAGGCGAGCACAGAACCUGGUGUUGGGGAACUGGCAGUUGGUUCUCGAGUUGUGUGGUGUUUGUCACAAAGUAACCAGUUAUAUCGGCUUCGAGGGUUGUCCCUUUCUAAUCCGGCAGGAGAUUACUGGAAGGCUGUCCCUAAAAAGUUGAAAGCUAUUUCAGUGGAUUCUAACGAUCACCUAUGGGGCAUUGAUCUGGAAGACCGACUUGUUUAUCAUAAAGUCUGUUUUAAUUUCUGUUUUUAA